AAAACAAAAACCCACCAGCAUCCUCAGGGAGCCCCUCGCCCGCCCUCGGAAAAACAGCACCAGACAUGGUCCUGGGCUCCCGCUGCUGAAGGGCCGGCCGAGCGAGGCGCUGGGAGCGGCUGGAGACCGCACGGAAGGUCGCGGGAGGGAAGCCCCGCAGCCCCGCCUCUGCCCCCGCGGCCGGCCCCUCUCGGCCCGAGCCCGGCGGCCCCCAGCCCCGUGGGCCUCCCGCCCCGUCCCCCCGCUUUCCCGGGAGCCGGCCGAACACACCUCCAUUGAUGGUGUAGCGCAUCCGGGGAAGCAUUUUUGAAACGUUGGGGUUGUUGGAGUGGUUGGAUUUUCCCUGGAAUUGAGUGAGAAAUUCAGAAGACUGAAGCCCAGGCUUACUGUCUACCUUUCACGGAGGCCUAGCCGUGAGAGGACAGAAGAAGGCACGUGGCGAAUCAUGACAGCUGACAAAGACAAAGACAAAGACAAAGAGAAGGACCGGGACCGAGAUCGGGACCGAGAGAGAGACAAAAGAGACAAAGUAAGAGAGAGUGAGAAUUCAAGGCCACGCAGGAGCUGUACCUUGGAAGGAGGAGCCAAAAAUUAUGCUGAGAGUGAUCACAGCGAAGAUGAGGACAAUGACAACAAUAGUGCCACCACGGAGGAAUCCACGAAGAAGAACAAAAAGAAGCCGCCGAAAAAGAAAUCUCGCUAUGAAAGGACAGACACUGGCGAGAUAACCUCUUACAUCACUGAGGACGAUGUUGUUUACAGACCAGGAGACUGUGUGUAUAUCGAGAGUCGGAGACCAAACACACCGUAUUUCAUCUGUAGCAUUCAAGACUUCAAACUGGUCCACACCUCCCAGGCCUGCUGCAGAUCUCCAACUCCUGCUUUGUGUGAGCCCCCAGCAUGCUCUCUGCCGGUGGCGUCACAGCCACCACAGCAUCUUUCUGAAGCCGGGAGAGGGCCUGUAGGGAGUAAGAGGGACCACCUACUCAUGAACGUCAAAUGGUACUACCGUCAGUCUGAAGUUCCAGAUUCUGUGUAUCAGCAUUUGGUUCAGGAUCGACACAAUGAAAAUGACUCUGGAAGAGAACUUGUUAUUACAGACCCAGUUAUCAAGAACCGAGAGCUCUUCAUUUCUGAUUAUGUAGACACCUACCAUGCUGCUGCCCUCAGAGGGAAGUGUAACAUCUCCCAUUUUUCUGACAUAUUUGCUGCUAGAGAGUUUAAAGCCCGGGUGGAUUCAUUUUUCUACAUAUUAGGCUAUAACCCUGAGACAAGGCGGCUGAACAGUACCCAGGGGGAAAUUCGUGUGGGUCCUAGCCAUCAGGCCAAGCUUCCCGAUUUGCAGCCAUUCCCUUCUCCAGAUGGUGACACUGUGACCCAACAGGAGGAGCUGGUCUGGAUGCCUGGAGUUAAUGACUGUGACCUCCUCAUGUACUUGAGGGCAGCAAGGAGCAUGGCGGCGUUUGCAGGCAUGUGUGAUGGAGGCUCCACAGAGGAUGGCUGUGUUGCUGCAUCUCGGGAUGACACCACUCUCAAUGCACUGAACACACUGCACGAGAGCGGAUAUGAUGCUGGCAAAGCCCUGCAGCGCCUGGUCAAGAAGCCUGUGCCUAAGCUGAUCGAGAAGUGCUGGACCGAGGACGAAGUGAAACGCUUCGUGAAGGGGCUCAGGCAGUACGGCAAGAACUUCUUCAGAAUUAGGAAGGAGCUGCUUCCCAAUAAGGAAACGGGGGAACUGAUCACCUUCUAUUACUACUGGAAGAAAACCCCAGAGGCAGCCAGCUCCCGGGCCCAUCGCCGGCACCGCAGGCAGGCUGUGUUCAGGAGGAUCAAGACCCGCACUGCGUCCACACCCGUCAACACACCUUCCAGACCCCCCUCCAGUGAAUUCUUGGACCUGAGCUCGGCCAGUGAGGACGACUUUGACAGUGAGGACAGCGAGCAGGAGCUGAAGGGGUACGCCUGCCGCCAUUGCUUCAGCACCACCUCCAAAGAUUGGCACCACGGGGGCCGGGAGAACAUCCUGCUCUGCACAGACUGCCGCAUCCACUUCAAGAAGUACGGCGAGCUCCCGCCCAUCGAGAAGCCCGUGGACCCCCCGCCCUUUAUGUUCAAACCCGUCAGAGAGGAGGACGAUGGGCUCAGCGGGAAACAUAGCAUGAGGACACGGCGGAGUCGAGGCUCGAUGUCUACACUGCGCAGUGGUCGAAAGAAGCAGCCAGCCAGCCCUGAUGGUCGCGCCUCGCCCACCAAUGACGACGUCCGCUCCAGCGGCCGCAACUCCCCCAGCGCUGCCAGCACCUCCAGCAACGACAGUAAAGCGGAGACGGUGAAGAAGCUGGCCAAGAAGGUGAAGGAAGGAGCCUCGUCACCCCUGAAGAGCACCAAGCGCCAGCGGGAGAAGGUGGCCUCGGACACAGAGGAGGCCGACAGGACCAGCUCCAAGAAGACGAAAACCCAGGAGAUCAGCCGGCCCAACUCGCCGUCCGAAGGCGAGGGAGAGAGUUCUGACAGCCGCAGUGUCAACGAUGAGGGCAGCAGUGACCCCAAAGACAUCGACCAGGACAAUCGUAGCACGUCCCCCAGCAUCCCCAGCCCUCAGGACAAUGAGAGUGACUCGGACUCCUCUGCGCAGCAGCAGACCCUGCAGGCCCAGCCCCCAGCCUUGCAGGCUCCCAGUGGGGCUGCUCCAGCUCCCUCCACAGCCCCCCCGGGAGCUCCCCAGCUUCCCACACCAGGGCCCACACCCUCUGCCGUUCCUCCCCAGGGCUCCCCCUCAGCCUCCCAGCCCUCCAGCCAGGCUCCGCCGGGUUCUGCUUCCCAUGCCCACAUCCAGCAGGCACCUGCUCUGCACCCACAGCGGCUGCCCUCCCCGCAUCCCCCGCUGCAGCCUCUGACCGUGCCAGCUGGCCAGACCUCCGCCCCGCCUCAUCCCCAGCCCCCCUUGCACAGUCAGGGCCCACCCGGCCCUCACAGCCUGCAGGCCGGGCCCCUGCUGCAGCACCCAGGCCCCCCUCAGCCCUUUGGCCUCCCUCCCCAGGCCUCCCAGGCAGCAGCUCACCCCCACACCUCCCUGCAGCCCCCAGCUUCUCAGUCAGUCUUGCAGCCCCAGCAGCCCCCAAGGGAGCAGCCCCUGCCACCCGCACCCUUGGCCAUGCCUCACAUCAAGCCCCCACCCACGACACCCAUCCCCCAGCUGCCAGCACCACAGGCCCACAAGCACCCACCUCACCUCUCAGGGCCCUCACCCUUCUCCAUGAAUGCCAACCUCCCGCCCCCUCCAGCACUGAAGCCCCUGAGCUCCCUGUCUACACACCACCCCCCUUCGGCACACCCCCCACCGCUGCAGCUCAUGCCUCAGAGCCAGCCUCUGCCCUCCUCCCCCGCCCAACCUCCUGUGCUGACCCAGAGCCAGAGCCUGCCCCCUGCUGCUGCCGCCCACCCCCCUGCAGGCCUCCAUCAGGCGCCCCCUCAGCCCUCAUUCGCUCAGCACCCCUUUGUCCCUGGAGGCCCUCCUCCUAUCACCCCUCCGUCCUGCCCCUCUACUUCUACUCCACUCACGGGACCUGGCCCGUCGGCCCAGCCACCCUGCUCUGCUGCCGUUUCUUCAGGAGGCAGCACACCUGUGGGGGCAGCCUGCCCGCUGCCCACUGUCCAGAUCAAGGAAGAGGCUCUGGACGACGCCGAGGAGCCCGAGAGCCCCCCUCCACCACCGAGGAGCCCGUCCCCCGAGCCCACUGUGGUGGACACCCCCAGCCAUGCCAGCCAGUCAGCCAGGUUCUACAAACACCUGGACCGGGGCUACAACUCCUGUGCACGGGCAGACCUGUACUUCAUGCCUCUGGCGGGAUCCAAACUGGCCAAGAAGAGGGAGGAGGCCAUCGAGAAGGCCAAACGAGAGGCCGAGCAGAAAGCGAGAGAGGAGCGGGAGCGGGAGAAGGAGAAAGAGAAGGAACGCGAACGGGAGCGAGAGCGCGAGCGGGAGGCUGAGCGAGCAGCCAAGGCAUCCAGCUCGGCACAUGAAGGCCGCCUCAGCGACCCCCAGCUCGGUGGUCCCAGCCACAUGCGGCCAUCCUUCGAGCCACCACCAACCACCAUUGCUGCUGUGCCCCCGUACAUCGGGCCGGACACCCCUGCCCUUCGGACUCUGAGCGAGUACGCCCGGCCCCACGUCAUGUCGCCCACCAACCGCAACCACCCCUUCUACAUGCCCCUCAACCCCACUGACCCACUGCUGGCCUACCACAUGCCCGGCCUCUACAACGUCGACCCCACCAUCCGCGAGCGGGAGCUCCGGGAGCGAGAGAUCCGAGAGCGGGAGAUCCGGGAGCGGGAGCUGCGGGAGAGGAUGAAGCCGGGCUUCGAGGUGAAGCCCCCCGAGCUGGACCCCCUGCACCCAGCCACCAACCCCAUGGAGCACUUCGCCCGGCACAGCGCCCUCACCAUUCCCCCCACUGCGGGCCCCCACCCUUUUGCUUCAUUCCACCCGGGCCUGAACCCCUUGGAGAGGGAGAGACUGGCCCUGGCGGGCCCCCAGUUGCGGCCCGAGAUGAGCUACCCUGAUAGACUGGCAGCCGAGCGGAUUCACGCCGAGCGGAUGGCAUCGCUGACCAGCGACCCUCUGGCCCGACUGCAGAUGUUCAACGUGACUCCACACCAUCACCAGCACUCACACAUCCACUCGCACCUCCACCUCCACCAGCAGGACCCCCUCCACCAAGGUUCAGCAGGCCCUGUGCACCCGCUGGUGGACCCCCUAACUGCUGGCCCUCACCUGGCUCGCUUUCCCUAUCCCCCUGGCACCCUCCCCAACCCUCUGCUUGGACAGCCCCCCCAUGAGCACGAGAUGCUUCGUCACCCAGUUUUUGGCACCCCCUACCCCCGAGACCUGCCUGGGGCCAUCCCACCCCCCAUGUCAGCUGCCCACCAGCUGCAGGCCAUGCAUGCCCAGUCGGCCGAGCUGCAGAGACUGGCCAUGGAGCAGCAGUGGCUGCACGCACACCCCCACAUGCAUGGCAGCCACCUACCAAGUCAGGAAGAUUAUUACAGUCGACUGAAGAAAGAAGGUGACAAGCAGUUAUAAAUUAUUUAUUGUUAACUGGCUGCGGAAGCCCCAGGUCUUGGGGGGAUAAACAGGACUUUUUACAUACAAUAGGAGCUGCAAAAGCAAAAGAAUAUCUUCUAAAGAUUUCUUUAUAUAUUUAAAAGCCCACAACUAAAAUGUAUCCGCAUAAUAGUGUUUGUUUGUAGAGAGGAUUCCUUGAGACUGAUUUGGGUCUCCCUGCAUGACAGUCCCCCAGAAACUUAGUGAGUCCUGGACUGGACUGAACAUUCAGAAAACUACCCAGCAAUCUUGGGGUUCGGCUUUCGUCUCCUUCCCUUCCUCGACUUCUCAGUAGGUGCUAGAACCCAGUCACACCCUCACUGUGCGUGCAGACACACUCAGUCACGUGCCAAAACCCGCGGGGUUGCAGAUAGAGGCGGCAUAUGAGUUUGGAAUCCAAGAGCUAUAAUUUUUGAAGAAUCUUUUAUUUUACUACAUUGUUGGAAAUCUUCAUAAUUUGAGAAAGUUCUGCAGCACGGCUUUUUACGUCUGUAAAUAAUUUUAGAGCAGCCUUUUUUUUUCCUUCCACAAACUACUGUUCCGAUCUAUUUUUUCCAGCCAUGUCACUAAUUGUGAAUUCCUAUCGGCUAUUGACAGAAUACAGAGUUGAUUUUUUAAUAAAAAGUUAUAUAUAAUUAUCCCUUUAAUUAAAGGGAACAGAUGGGCGUAACUAAUUACAAAUGGGCAAAAGCUUGGGACUGGGUUUGGUCGCAGCAGUGAGCAUCCAGGGUUUUGCAGGGACAAUGUUACAGAUGGUUUUUGUUUCGCUGCUUUGAUUUUCCACUUCUGUCUGUUCCUGGCUUGUGUGUGGCCAGCGGUGCAGACACCUGCUAGAUGGAAUCUCCUGUCAUUGCACCGGGAGCGCAGGGGUUAAAUGUCCACCGACCUGUGUCUGCCGGAGAGAAAGCACAUGUUUCUGUGUGUGUGGUUGCAGAUCUCCUGACAGGUUUCUGGGCGCACAUGUUUGAUUGUUCUGUCUGAACUGCCCUUCUCACUCUGACAAUUGCAUAAACAUUCUCAAAAGUGAGUCAGCACGUGUGCUGGCCAGAGGGCUCUGUUAGCGAUCUGCCCUUUCGUGUGUCCUCACGCGGAUCUCGUCAGGCCGGGCCGUCCUCGCCACAGCCGGGGCUGCUUUCCGGGUCGGGGAGACCCCGGAGUUGGCACGGCUGUGGGUGGUGGCCUGUGUGUCUCCCAGGAGCAUGGUGACCAUGUCAGACUGGGACGCCAUUUGAGUCCCACCCUUCAUCCCCAAGUGGGAACUGGAGUGGCAGCCGCACACGUGGAAGGGGAGGCCGGCUUCCCCGGGAGGUGCCCCCGGGGGGCUCGGGCCGUGCUGCAGAGGCCCCUCGGCUUUCUGCGUGGCCGAGCGGGGAGACUGGCCGUCUGCACCUGUUCCUGCCAGAUGCGUGACCUUUCCUUCCUCUUCCCUCAGACUCUCGAGGGCUGUUUCUGCCGUUGUGUGUGGUGGCCACAUCCCAGAGUUGUCAGACGAGAGCGCGUAUUUGUGGGCCAGGGGAUGUGAAAUACGUCCAGGACCUGAGCCACGGGGGUAGGAAGGGAGCUGGCACUGGGCCCGGAAGCCCAGGUGUCAGCGCAGAUGCGGGCUCCCGAUUCACACCUGCAUUGGGCAUUUCCCACCCCCAGUAAACCCUUUGCUUUCAGUUGGGACAGAUAGGGUUGUUUUAUUUGUUGGAAAUGUUUGUAGUUUUUCUUUAGUUUUCUUCCAUUCCAUUUCUGCCUUCAAUGUAGCUCCUUAGCGGGGAGACAAGCCAGACGAACUCUGUCGUCACGCUUGUGGCUGCGUUGGCGGGGCCCUUCUGCGGCUCCCGCUGCCCCAGCCUCCCGCACUGCCCCACCUCCUCCCUCCCAGUUUUACUUCUGGUAGAACACGGCCUGCCAUUCAGUCAGGCCCCUCAUCCUCCCCAGCACCCAUUUUUCCAAAGAGGGAGUUUCGUGCUUUGAGUCCGUUGAAAGCUGUGGAAGGCGUGUCGGUCAGGCCUUGGUUCCCCGCGCCCGGGGGAAGCACGGAGGUCCUUGCAGCCCGAGGCCCUCGCCUGGUCAGCGGCGGCUGAGGGCCGGGCCUCCGCGGGUCUUUGAAGCCCGGCCCCUGGGUUUCCUUUGGCUUUUCCUUCCUUUCGUUUGAAGUUCGGUUUUGCUUUUCUGUGUUUGUAUGUAUCUCGUUCAAUGUUGUCAAGGUGGCGCUUCAGGUCUCACUCCAGCGGCCGCGGAGCGAGGCGUGUCCGUGCCGCGUGCCUGUGUCUGAAGCUAAAUGUACAUAUGAGUAGUUUGCCGUGAGGUAACAGUGUGAGCAGCGUAGACACCAGAGAUCGCGACUUCUGUGCUCUCUCCAUUCAAGUAUUUUGUAAUUUUUGGAAAUAUUUGUGGACAUAAAUAAAACCAAGCUACACUACAACAGCUGGGUGUCGACCCGUGGUGA